AUGAAUGUUUCUACUUCCACACAAAUACCAAAUAUUGUUCUAGUUGUUGAAGAAUACUUUGACAACACUGGGAAACAUUUGGAUGAAAUACUUCAUGAAGAAACUAACUCACAAAUAUCUAACACAAAUGAACCACAAGAAAUGCCAUUAAGAAAAUCUCAAAGAGUUAGAAAAUCAGCUAUUUCGGAUGAUUAUGUGGUUUAUUUGCAAGAGUCAGAUUUUGACAUUGCUCUUAAUAAGGAUCCAGUUUCAUUUUCACAAGCCAUAGAAAGUAAUGAGUCUGAAAAAUGGAUUGAUGCCAUGAAGGAAGAUUUAAAAUCCAUGGAAUACAAUAAAAUACGCACAAGACCCGAUAUUAGUUUUGCGGUCGGAAUGCUGGGAAGAUAUCAGAGUAACCCAGGGAUUGAUCAUUGGAAAGCUGCAAAGAAAGUCUUGAGGUACCUGAAAGAAAUGAAGGAUUACAUGCUCAUUUAUAGGAGAUCCAAACUUUUGGAAGUUGUUGGAUACUCGGAUUCAGAUUUCACUGGAUAUAUUGACACUAGAAAGUCUACGUUUGGUUAUUUGUUCCAAUUUGCUGAAGGAGCAAUAUCAUGGAGAGUGCCAAACAGUCUAUCAUUGCUACAUCCACGAUGGAAGUAG